AUGUCUUUUCCAGAGCCUGUUGCCAUCAUUGGCAUGGGAUGUCGCUUCCCAGGCGACUCAGAUACCCCAGAUGAGUUCUGGAAGAUGCUUGCCGAGGAACGUUCUGGACUUUCGAGGCCGCCAUUAUCACGCUGGAACAUUGAUGGCUUUCAUGCAAACAAGGCUCGACCUGGUUCUAUAACUCCAGAAGGUGGUUAUUUCAUUAAUGAGGAUAUUUGGAAAUUUGACCCGGCGUUUUUCGGUAUUGUACAAGAGGAGGCGAAGGCAAUGGAUCCUCAACAAAGAAAGUUGCUGGAGUGUGUUUACGAGUCUUUUGAGUCCGGUGGGAUUACGCUGAGCCAAUUGUCGGGCUCCAAUACAGGUUGUUAUAUUGGAAAUUUCACUUCCGACUACUACCUUCAAGGUCAUCGAGAUCACAACAAUCCGAGGCCUUAUAGUUUAUUAGGUUCUGGUUACAGUAUAAUUAGCAACCGAGUUAGUUAUCUUUUUGAUCUUUGUGGUCCGAGUCUCACAAUUGACACGGCUUGCUCUUCCUCUCUUUACUCUCUACAUAUUGCCUGCAGAGCGCUACAGACGAAAGAAAUUGAUGCUGCGGUAGUUGGUGGUACAAAUCUGAUGCUCGCCGUAGAAACCCAGAUGAGUACAGAGAAAGUUGGUGUUCUAUCAGCUACAUCUACUUGUCAUACUUUCGACGAGUCAGCUGAUGGAUAUGGCCGUGCUGAAGGUGUUGGUGCAAUUUUUUUGAAGCGUUUGUCUGAUGCCAUUCGGGAUAAUGAUCCUAUACGUGGUGUAAUUAGAGGCACAGCUACGAAUGCGAAUGGAAAAACCAGUGGCAUCACCCAGCCAAGUGCGAAGGGACAUGAGACUGUAAUGCGUACAGCCUAUGAAUUCGCCGGUCUGGACCCAAGAGAUACCUCAUAUUUCGAGACACAUGGCACUGGUACUCAAGUUGGAGAUCCAAUAGAGAUUAAGGGUGUUGGAAAUGUUUUCGUUAACGGCACGGACAGACAGAAACUUCUUGUUGGAUCGGUGAAAACCAAUGUUGGACACAGCGAAGCAGCCAGUGCCUUGGCAAGUAUAAUAAAAGUAUGCUUAGCUAUGGAAAAACGCACGAUACCAGCAACAAUUGGUAUAAAAAAAUUGAAUCCCAAAAUCGAUUUCAAGGGUGGAAGGAUAGAGGUCGUUCAAAAAAUGACACCUUGGCCAAAAGGCUUUUCUACUUGUCGCGCAAGUAUAAACUCAUUCGGUUAUGGAGGAGCUAAUGCCCAUGCAAUUGUCGAAGCCGCCGACUCGGUCCUACCUGGGAAAUUGACUUACACCCGACGGGGUCAGGAUGAGAGGGAUCUGGAAGCUAGCAGUGAAGAAUCUGAGUCAGUCGAAAUGGUGGGAACGAAAUCUGCCUCGCAGGCGCGAGCUGUAUCCCGUUCAGAAUUUCUUCUUCUUUUUUCUGCUCAUGAUAUCUCUACGUUGAAAAGUAACAUUGAAAGGUGUCGUAACGUGGCAGAAGAUUAUAACAUACUAGACCUUGCGUACACUCUUGGCUGUCGAAGAUCGAAUUUCUUCAAUUGCGCAUACACGGUAGCACGAGAAGAUGAUGUAGAGGAGGAUCUCAUGGAACACGAGAUUACGUUCGGAAAGAGGGGAAAGGGUGGAAACAUUGGUUUCAUCUUUACAGGGCAAGGAGCUCAGAACGCACAGAUGGGUCGAGAACUGAUGUUGACAUUCCCAUCAUAUAUCGACACGAUAAGGAAGCUUGACCGUUCAUUGCAGUCUCUAGGGGAUGAUUCUCCCGAUUGGACUAUUGAAGAUGUCCUGAUGGAGCCUGCAGUAACCAGUAAGAUCAACGAUGUCGAGAUUUCACAACCUGUUUGCACAGCCGUUCAAAUAGCUCUUGUUGAGCUUCUUCGACUUUGGAAUGUAACGCCAGUUGCAUGUAUCGGUCAUUCGUCUGGUGAAAUUGCAUCUUCAUAUGCUGCAAACCUCAUAACAGCCGAGGAAGCUAUUAUCUCCGCAUUUUACCGAGGACGAGGGGUUGGCACUCUCAAAGUGAAAGGUACUAUGUUGGCUGUUGGCGCCGGCCCUGAAGAAAUACAACCUUAUCUCACCGACGGACUGCGUAUUGCAUGCUAUAACUCGCCUAACAGUGUUACAUUGAGUGGUGAUAUUGAGCCUGCUACCAUAGUUCAGAAAAAGUUAGAAUCUGACAGAGUAUUCGUUCGUGAGCUGAAGACUGGCGGUAGAGCUUAUCACUCACAUCACAUGCUGAAUAUCGGCAAUGACUACGAAAGUCGCUUGUCAGAAGCACUUUCUAGAUUUGGCGCAUCUCAAACCACGAAUCAAGCUCAAGUGCAGAAUCCAGUAUUUUUCUCUUCCGUAACUGCUCAACAAAUGCCAUCCAAUUUCAAACCAGGACCUAGCUAUUGGCGUCAGAAUUUGGAGUCUCCAGUACGAUUCACUGAAGCGGUUGAAGCUGCAUUGGCAGCAGAUCUUGGAAUUUCACAAUUUGUCGAAAUUGGCCCUCACUCUGCUCUAGCUGGUCCUUUGAGACAGAUAAGAGACAACCUCGGGAUAACACCCAAAGACUUGGAUUAUGCUUCCACCUUAGUACGUGGACAGAGCUCUGUGACUCGUCUUCUGGAUCUUGCUGGAACUCUUACUAUGAGAGGAUUUUCGGUGAAUGUCGAGCGCGUCAACGCCAUUGAAAAACGAGAGGGUGGCGCUAUAAUUACAAAAACUGGCUUGCCGAUUGUUGAUCUUCCUAGGUUCUCAUGGAACUACUCUGCCGGUGAGAUAAGGAACAAAAAUAGACCAAGUGAAGAACAUCGCUUACGGAAAUUCAAAUACCACGACCUACUGGGUGCCAUUCUUCCAGGGUCCUCAGUGGAACAAAGACAAUGGAGGAAUAUGCUUGACUCUAAGAAUUUCCCGUGGUUAGAGGAGCAUAAACUUGGACCGCAACCUGUGCUGCCCGGAACUGGCUACUUAGCAAUUGCAACCGAGGCUGCUCGUCAAUUUUUCCACGACAAACUGACGGUCAAUGGGGCGUUCCGAUAUUUCUUUCCCAACAUUAGCAUCACAUCUGCAUUAAACAUCCCACCCUCUGGAUCCCAAGUGGAGAUUGUUACCACAAUGAAAUUCGCCACCAUAACUGCUUCAAUUACGUCCAAAACGAUUGCGGAGUUCACAAUAUCGUCUAUUCAAGCUGGCAAUUGGACGAAUCAUUGUGUCGGAACUGUCACAAAGAAGAAAGCUGUUACCAUGGCUCCAAGAUUCGAUGAAAGUAAGUUACAAGAACCAAAGGCUGCUCGAACUUGGUACCGUGGUUUCCAAAAAGUUUCGCUGAAUUACGGACCAGCUUUUAAUGGGUUAAGUAAUAUCCGUACCAAUCCAGCUCUGGAAGAAGCCGUUGCGGACACUGAGCUCUGUCCUGAUGGUGUCUCUGAGCAUGAUUCCGCAUAUAUCGUACACCCCGCAGCGAUGGACACCUGCAUUCAAGUUGCACUGAUUGGAGCACACAAAGGCUCCUUAGCCGGCUUAAAAGAUCAUUUGUUCCAACGUCAAUGGCUAAUGUCUCCUUAUGGCAAGGUCCUUGCACAUGCAGAGUUUUUCAGUCUACGUGCCAUGAAUGGGUGGUGUCAGCUUUUCUCACCUGAAGGCAAGCCAUUGUUUGAGAUUGAAGAGCUGUCAUGUACUCAGUAUUCGGAAGCCCUUGAUGACCUUGGAACGAUAGAUCGUCACCCAUACCUUCGCACUGUAUGGAAGCCAGAUGUCGAUAAGAUGGUCUCCAACUUGACUGAUAAUUCUCUACUCGAUCUUAUUGUCCACAAACGUCCUGGAUUUAACAUCUGUGAGAUUUUAAAUACAGAAUCAAUGAUUUCCGACAACCUUCACAGAGUUCUUGAAAGCGGUUCAUCCCUUCGUCGGUACAAGACUUAUACUGUUAUGGCUCUCGGCGACGUUGAUAUAGAGCCAAUAAAAGUCAAGUAUGAAGCUUUCCCUGGUGUUGUAGUGCAGAAGUUGGUUUUAGACGAUGUCCCGGAGACAUUCUUUGAUUUGCUCAUUGUGCCUCAAUUUCCUAGCGACGAGAUUGAUUUAACAAAACUCAAAGGUCUAUUAACACCAGGUGGAAACAUGCUGCUUUAUAGUUCAGAGUUCAAGAAUGGCAAUACAAUCAAAACAGAUCUUCAAUUGGCUGGACUUUACACACUUCUUGAAGACAAAGAGUCUUUGCUAGUUAGUCCCCAUCAAAGGACCAGUUCUGAUCUGCCAGCAGGAGAGAUUGUACUCGUCACAAGAACUUCUCCAACGGUAUUCGACUCUCAUAUCUAUUCUGGAUUGUCAAAGAGUGGAAGGUUAAUCACCUCAAUUUCCCUACAAGACUUCAAAUCCCACGCUCAUACAAAAGCAACCUACGUUUUUAUUGUGGAGUCCGAGUCUAGUAUAUUUCAUGAAUCUUUGACGAGCCAAGAGCUAGCAACAAUACAGUCAAUCGCAAGUGGAGCGACAAAUAUGCUAUGGGUUACUCAUGGCAAUCUUCUGGAGGGAGGCGAUCCUAAUGCUGGAAUAGUCAUUGGACUAGGCCGCUGUCUUCAGACAGAGCAUCCAACUCUUACUUUUAAAACUUUGGACUUGGAUCAUCGAGAUCCUAUACAGACUAUCUCCAACAUAACAACCAUUCUGGAUGCAGCUGACAGUGGAGACGAAGAUAAAGAGUUUAUGGUCAAAAAUGGUAUUUUCUAUGUCAGCAGACUUUCUCAAGACCCUCUACUGGAUCAACAGUUUGUUGCUGGGGUUGAGUCGGAGCCGAAAAUGAUCCCAUAUGAGCCAGAAAAAUGUAUCAGGUUGGGGAUCGAGCGCGUCGGUAUUUUUGAUACGAUACACUUUAAGGACGAUGAGUUGGAAGCUUCACUUAAACCUGGAGAAGUCGAGGUAGAUGUGAAAGCAGUCGGUUUGAACAUGAAGGAUUUCGCAACGCUGCAAGGAACUUAUAAUUCGGAAAUACUGGGUCUUGAAGGUGCUGGUAUAGUCAGAAGCAUCGGUACUGGGGUCACAAAUGUUGCCAUUGGCGACCGAGUAAGUUGGGCUGGUUUUGGAAACUUCCGUAACAUCGAAAGAUAUGACUCCAGAUUCCUCCAGAAACUUAAACCUGAGGAGACCUUCGAUCAGAUAUCAAGUAUUAUGAUGCCAUUCUUAACUGCUAUAUAUGGAUUAAUAUAUCUUGCCAAGCUUCAACCAGGAGAAUCGGUACUCAUUAACUCUGCUACUGGAGGUGUAGGACUUGCGGCAAUUCAGAUCGCAAAAAUGAUUGGUGCUGAAAUUUUUGCUACUGUUGGAACUCCAGAAAAGAAGAAAUUCUUGAUGCAAGAAUAUGGUCUUCAGGAUGAUCAUGUUUUAUCAUCGAAAGAUGCAAGCUUUGCAGCUGAAAUCAUGCAGACUACAGGUGGCCGUGGAGUUGAUGUAUCCCUCAACUCGCUUGUUCGUGAGCAAUUGAGAGCCACCUGGAACUGUAUAGGACACCACGGUCGUCAUAUUGAGCUCGGACAGACCGAUAUCCUAGAUCAAGGUAUACUGGACAUGAGUCCUUUCAAGAGAGGCGCUUCUUUUAUUGCCAUGGACUUGGUUCUUGUUUUCGAACACAAGCCGGAUCUUAUUUCUCAGAUCUUGGGCGAAAUUAUGCAAUACUAUCGAGAUUGUAAGAUCCAACCCCUCCCAAAUCUAUCGGUUUUCCCUGUCUCUGCAAUUGGCCAGGCUUUUGAAGAGUUUGGCAAAAACAGUAGAAUUGGAAGGGUUGUUGUCAGCUUUGACACUGAGACGAUCAAUUUUGCGAAGAAGAAGAAGUCAAUUGCUUUCAAGUCAAAUGGUUCAUACCUACUUGUUGGGUGUCUUGGAGGCCUUGGUCGAUGUUUGGCUCGUCACAUGGUUGAAAAGGGCGCUCGUCACUUGAUUUUCCUUGGGCGCUCUGGUGAAGACAGACCUGAAGCUGCAUCCAUGAUUAAAGAUUUUAGAAAUGAUGGAAUCACUGUGGAUGUAGUGAAAGGAGAUGUUACGAGAAUUUCCGACGUCCAAAAAGCAGUUGACUUGGCUGCCGGUCCGUUAUUCGGUGUUGUGCAAGGUGUAAUGGCUUUAGAUGAUCGACUUUUUACAAGCCAUGACCUGAAUAGCUGGGAAUACGCCGUUCGUCCUAAGGUCACAGGAACUUGGAAUCUUCACAAUGCCGUUGCAAGCCACUCUCUAGACUUCUUUGUCAUGCUCGGAUCAUCAUCUGCUUUAUCUGGUUUCCCAACACAAAGUAAUUAUUGCGCAGGAAAUUCUUUCCUCGAAUUCUUUGCGAGAUACCGUCAAAGUAAAGGUCUACCAGCAACCACCAUCUCACUUACCGUCGUCACCGAAGUUGGAUUUGUGAGUCAAAAUGAGAGAAUCGAAGAUGGUCUAGCUAGAACAGGAGUUCAUACCAUCAACGAAGCUGGUGUCAUUGAUCUCAUCGAUACUGCCAUGAUGAAAGCCCCCUCAUCAUCCUGGAACCUGGAUCCAUUGGCCAACAGCUUCAUCGUAACCGGCGUUGAGCCCCUCCAAUUGAGUGCAAAUCUCGACAUUGAUAGCAUACCAUUUUGGAGACAGCCACGUAUUGGACCUGUUUUUAACGCGGUUCUGGCCAAGAAAUCAGGAAACGAAACUGGUCCUGGGCAAAAUAAACGCAGACUUUUGUUACCCGAUAUCUUGGAGAUGAUAACAGAGAAAUUUUCCCAGACAUUCAAUGUGGCUGUUGAAGAUAUUGACCCCGGAACUGAAGUAGUCAGGUUUGGUAUGGAUAGUAUGAUUGGAACGAGCUUAAGAACGUGGUGUUAUAAGACUCUGGGGGCUGAUAUUGCAGCAUCAGAGUUCAUGAGCUUAAAUUUGACGGCGGAUUCAUUGGCGAAGAAGAUUUAUGAUAUAAGAAAGGGGUGA